UCAUCGGCGAGCAGGGCAGGAAUCGGUUUUAGGUACCUGGGGUCACUUCCACGUCCGCUUCCCAACGAUAUUCUCCGGCUCCCCCAGAAUCUGACAGCUUGGGAGUGAACAGAGGCAUCUGGCCCAGCCUGCUCAAACAGGGCCGUCCUGGAGCACAGGGCACAGAAUUGUGUCUGGGCUGUUCUGGAAUAACUUCAGGCUUUCUGGACAGACUGUUCCAGUGCUCAGUCACACGCACAGCAAUAAGUUCCUCCUCGUGUCCAGGUGGAACUUCCCGGGCAUCAGUUUCUGCCUGUUAUUUCUCAUCCUGGUGGGCGGCUGCACCAAGAAGAGCUCGGCUCCAUCCUCUUGACAUGCAUACCUAAAUGUUUAUCUCUCUUUUACCUCUGGGAGCAUUGUUUUGAAGAAUGUCUGGAAGUUUCUACUUCGUGAUAGUUGGUCAUCAUGAUAAUCCCAUAUUUGAAAUGGAAUUUCUGCCUCCUGGAAAAGUAGAGUCAAAGGAUGAUCAUCGCCACCUCAACCAGUUCAUUGCCCAUGCUGCUCUCGACCUCGUAGAUGAGAACAUGUGGCUUUCUAACAACAUGUACUUGAAGACUGUGGACAAGUUUAAUGAAUGGUUUGUUUCUGCUUUUGUCACAGCUGGACAUAUGAGAUUUAUAAUGCUUCAUGAUGUAAGGCAAGAAGAUGGAAUCAAGAACUUCUUUACUGAUGUAUAUGAGUUGUAUAUAAAGUUUGCAAUGAAUCCAUUUUAUGAACUCAAUACUCCUAUUCGAUCCACUGCCUUUGAAAGAAAAGUCCAGUUCCUUGGAAAGAAACACCUUUUAAGCUGAAUAAAUAAAUCUCCUGAGUGAGUGCUUUUUCCCUACUUUCCUGAUUGUUUGAACUGUACUUCUUCUGGUUAGUCCUCUGCAUGUUUUAUACUCAUCUUCUGAAGACUGACUAAUUGGAUGCUGAAGCAGCUUUUUCUUUUGCUGAUGUAGAUAAAAACAGCCAAGCUUCUCUGGUUAAAAAAAAAGGUGUAUCUCAAGAAGUUUCCUUUUAUGUGAUGUGAAAAUAAAGUUUAAACUGUCAGAGGCUGCAGAGGUACAAAGGAAGAAACUGAGACAUUAUGUGUUAAUGCAUAUGCAAAGUGUAAGCCUCUGACACGGGGUGAGAGGAAAUCAGACCUAAAUGCAAAAGAUGUCACCAGUCACCUGGUUUAAUAUGAGUAAAAGGGAACUCUUGACUGUUUGGUCUAAGUGCUUAAUUUUAUAAUAAACUUUCCUAGUUGUAUUCCUUCAGUAGAGAGCUCACUCUGCAGACUAACCAGACUAAGACAACACUCUGUGGUAGUAAAUCAAGCCUCUAUUUAUUGAUGUGUAAUUGUAUGUAUAUAAAGUGCUCAAUAAGAAAUGGAAAAUCAGAAAAGCUGUCUCCAGUACAUCAAGAAAUUUUGAGAAAACCCCUAGAGUUUAAAAGUGUCUAAUUUCAAAUUUUCCAUGUAUUUAGUGCAAUACACAUUUAGCUGCAGUAUUGCAUCAAUGAAUGAAAUAGACCAGAAGAGCCAGAUCUGCCCUGACAUUAACUCGAAUACACACAUAAAAAAACCCAAACGAAAUUUACAUGUUUAAACUCACUGUUUUUCCCCAUUAUUUCUUCAACUGCUGAAACUUUCUUUUUGUAAAUAAAUUUAGAGAAGGAUCUUUGCACCAUGAAACUAUAUUUGUUGAGGUUUCAGAAAGGCAUUAUUUGACCUGUCUGGCUCCUAUUCUGUUGUAAAAUGUUUUAGGAACCAUUUUGCAAAGCUUAACAUCAUUCCAAACCAGUAAUUUUUAAAUAGAUCAUUUGGCAUAUAUGUACCUAAUACUUUGCUUGGGUUUACAAUCUUAAGUAUUCUGUUUCUUUUUGCAGCAAAUCUGUAUAAGCUAUCUUGUACUUUUUUUUUUCAAUGUCUGAGAAGUAAUUUCCAAAGGAAGUGGCAUGCUAUUCUAAGAAGUAUUUUGCAUAGUCUGUAUAAUUAAGGGGACCACAUCUGUGUGUGCUGUAAGUGUAGUCAGUCAUCAUUUCUGCACUUACUGCUAAGCUGCCACUGUAAAAUGUUCCAUGAGAAAAAAGAACAUAUUUACCUUAAAUAAAACAUGAAAUGUUGUAGUAUGGAUGCCUGUUGAGUAUACUUGAAGUGAUUUAGAAGAAAACUACAUAACCACAGUAACAGUACCUGGUGGGGUGGCCAGUGAAGAUGGGAAUACUUGUCUUUGCAAUGUUUUUGCAUAUAAACUGCAUUGUACAGCCCUUUGAUAAUGUCAUGUAAUUUUAUAUAAAUAAAUUUUUUUUCUGUACACAUGGAAAUAACA